UCAUUUAAACCAAUUUAUGUACAUCCCCAUGGCACCCUAAAGUACAGUUAACCCAUAAAUUUAUACCCAAUAUCGGGUUCUCAAGUAUACUCCUGCAUUAUCAGGAGGAACAUUGAGAUUACUUGGGCACAGAAAGAGGUUCCACAUGAUUAGCGCCACCGUUCCGAAAAAUGGGUUCCAAUCGGAUUAAGAUUUACGAUGUCGAUCGCCAGCCCCAUCAGAUUUAUAUAAUGCUAAAGCGCUGUUAUAUUCGGGAGAGGACUACUUGGCGUUCAGUCAUACGAUUUGUGCGCCUGACUUCGGAUUCUUGUCUACUGAAACGGAAACCCACAACUUCUGGAGAGGUUGAAUCGAAUCGAAUCGCGACUGAUACUGGGAAAUGAUUGGCGACUUGUUUUUCGGACUUUUGCGGUGUUUGCGCCAACAGCCGGCGAAGCCAGCGGCGGUCAUGGCCCACAAGGAGGAUCAGUACCCGGUGUCACUUGACCACCACGUGCUCAAGGACGUGACCAAGGGCGCGAGGGACACCACCGUCAAGAUCCUGCUACUGGGCACCGCCGAGUCGGGCAAGACCACCAUCAUCAAGCAAAUGCGGAUACUGCACAUCAACGGAUUUACAGACGAUGAACGGCGAGAGAAGAUCCCCGAGAUAUACCAGAACAUCCACGAGUCCAUCCUGCAAUUGGUGGGCCAGAUGGGAGUGCUGGGCAUUGACUUUGGCAGCUGUACCAGCGAAAGAUCGGCGGACUAUAUACUCUCCCUGCCCGGAUCGGCACCCGAAUAUAUGAACGAGGAGUACUGCGACCACGUCACUACUUUGUGGAACGAUGUGGGCAUUCGCGCCUGCUAUGAUCGCUCAAAUGAGUUUCCCCUGCUGGAUAGUGCGAAAUACUUCCUGGACAACUUUGUGCGCAUCAGCGAUGCCGAGUACAUUCCCAGCACCGAGGACAUCCUGCACAGCCGUAAGAUCACCACGGGCAUUUCGCAAAUCACGUUCCGCGUGCCCAUUCCCAAGUGCAUGGGUGGUGGCGAACAGCAGUUCCAAAUGUACGAUGUGGGCGGCCAAAGGGAUCAGCGGAAUAAGUGGAUUCAAGUGUUCGAGGGCAUACAGGCCGUAUUGUUCCUGAUCUCGUGCAGCGAGUUCGAUCAGAAUCUGCGCGAGGAUCCCAGCCAGAAUCGUUUGCAGGAGGCUCUGAAGCUGUUCAGGGCCGUGUGGCAGAAUCGUUUCCUCGCCUCCGCCGGAUUGAUUGUGUUCCUCAACAAGUACGACAUCAUGGAGCGAAAGAUUCGGGCCGGCAAGCACAUUGUGGACUACUUUCCCGAAUACGAGGACUUCUGCAAGAGGCCGCAGCAGGACAAUUGCUUUGGCGAGAGUGACUGGACCAAGAUGUUCAUCAAACAGAAGCUGGUGGAUAUCACCCAGGAGCCCUUCAAGCGCCACUCGCGGAAUCAGGUGGAUCUGGGCACCUCGGAAAGGGAGUGCUACUACCACUUCACCGUCGCCACGGAUACGCGGUGCAUCCGCGAUGUCUUCUGCGAUGUCCAGAAGAUGAUCCUCUCGGAGAACGUGUCCAGCAUGGGCCUAUUCUAGUCCUGAUCCCGUAGCGGAUCGGAGAGCUUCUCAAUAAAGUUAAGGGCGGGCUGUCCUCAGGCCCCCACCAACUGUGAUCUAGUAGGAUAUGACUUACAUAAGUAGCCAUGUAGGACCGUAGAUCGUAGUGGCAACUGUAUGUUGCACAAUGGCUGGUACAACGCUUUAAUAUAUUUAACUGCAUUGGGUGUAGAGGAAGAAUCCUCGCACCGAAUGCUCUCACUACUCCUUCAACUAAUGUCUAAACUCUAAUAGAAUAUAGCAUCUACAAUAAACCAAAACACACCCAGACAA